GGGGAACAACCCCUCGCCGUGGGGACAUCUGGAGAAGCUCAUAAUCACACAAGGUCCUACGGCACCAUGAGCCCCCGUUGACAAUGUAUCAUACGCAGACCAACCAGUCGGUGUAUCAAGCUCUGGACGCCGCCAAUUCCGAGAUUCGAGUGAUCAUACUCCACAAAGGCCCUCGGGAUCAGCAACUGUCAUGCAACCUGAGGACGGUCUCACUCGAUGACCAACCCGAAUUCCAUGCUCUUUCGUACGUUUGGGGAGAUGACACGGACAUCGGCCGCAUCAGCAUCGAUGGCCAAGCAUCUCCAGUUGCAGCUUGUCUAGCCACAGUAUUGGAACACCUCCGCGCUCACCACUACGAUUCCCUACGACUCCACUCGACGCCGUUGUGGAUCGAUGCCAUCUGCAUCAACCAGGCCGACCCUGAGGAACGAGCACGGCAGGUCGCCUUGAUGAGCAGGAUCUACCGCCAGGCCUCCCGCGUGCUGCUCUGGAUAGGCGAGGGGGACGAGUUCUCCGACUACGCGUUCGACCGGAUCGGCGACGGGGGGUUCCGGGCGUCGUGCGAGGAGCUGCAGGCCGGCUCGAGGGCGCCGGGGGUGGACGAGGUCAGGGCCAUGGUGGUCAUCGAGGAGAACCUCGAGAACAGGGAGUACUGGACGCGGACGUGGAUCCUGCAGGAGGUGGUGCUGGCGACGCGCGACCCGGUCAUGCUCUGCGGCUCGAGGCGCGUGCUCUGGUCGUGGUACGCCGAGUGCAGGUGGGCCCUGCCCUGGGACAAGUCGGCGUACCCGAGCCUGGCGCCCGUCUGGGACGCCGUCGAGAGCGAGGUCCCCUUCUACCCGGACGACGCGCGCUCCACCGGCUCCGACGUCCACGCGCGCAUGCGCCACCACUACUGGGAGGCCGGCUCCAUCUCGCUCGGCGACGCCCUCACCGCCAGCGUCCAGCUGCGCGCCACCGACCCGCGCGAUCGUGUCUACGGCGUGCUGGGCCUGAUCCCCCACCGCGAGCUGCUCCUGGUGGACAUCGACUACAGGAAGACGCCUGAGCAGGUCUUCAGGGACACCAUGGCUGGUCUGUGGGCCCCCGGCGCAGACGGGCUGAUCAGUACUGUUAUCCCACGCCUUAUCCCCUUCGGCCGGGAGGACGCCGGAUCCGAAGUGCCGUCGUGGGCGCCCGAGCUGACGAGGCACGAGACAACGGAGCGGUACAGCACCUCCAAUCUCAUGGUCCAGACUCGGCCGUGGCGGCCUCAGAGACGACCAGAAAUCCACGUCGAGGGCCACAUCCUGACCAUAAAUGCCAUCCUGUUCGACAAGGUCGCCGAGGUUGUCGAGUUGGACUUCAACCACGGAUGGUCUGAGACCCUGUACCGCGGAAAGGGGCCACUGGAGGUGGACAUCGAGCCGCUGCAGGACUUGGAAGCCAUGGCGCAGAGGGUAACCAGCCUUGCGAUCCCUCCUUCAAGCCGUCUCGCCCCCUUUUCAGCCCUCCGAGGUAAGAUGCCCAUCUGGAGCGCGCUGACCUCCGGGUUGGAGAAUGAACCCUGGUCCCGGGGCGAAUACGGGAGCGCGCACCAUGGAUGGCUGUCUGGAGGGGGCAGGGACAAAUCAGAACUGUGGGGGAUUCUCAUGGACCGCCAGAGCAUCCCCGAGGCUUGGAAGGCGUCUUGCUCCCCUGAGCUGAGGGACAAUCUGCCAGCGCUGGAGGCGGCGGUCUUGGCACCGCUUCUCCAUGCUAUAAGGCGGAAGGUUUACAGGAAAAAGGUGUUCUUCUCUGAAUGUGGAUUUUUGGGUGUAGGUACUAAAGACAUAGAGUCUGGUGAUGUUAUCACUUUUAUUGUGGGGAUGACGUGUAUGUAUAUGUUACGGCCGUUCCGUGACGGGUAUCGCAUUGUGGGCUUUGCGAACGUGUCGGGACUGAUGGACUGGGACGACUUGGACAGUGCGAUGGCGGCCAGUUCCUUGUGUGAGGAGGCGCUGAAGAUAUACUGAGAAGGUGCUUCACUUCUGGACUGGGUGUUGACAUGGGGCACAUGGAUGCGCGUUUUGAUGCACAGAAGCAUGGACACCUUCUCCGUUGAUCAGGAACGGUACUUGGUAAGUAUAGAUAUGAGACUGGAUAUUCGCAUCCGUAAAAACGGAGGGUACACCCAUACUGAGAACUUAGAGAUUAAAGUACCUAGGUACUUAGGUUAGUACUAAACUAGUUAUGUUAUAAGCUUA